AUGCCCCCCCCUGCGCCCGGGGCCCGGCUCCGGCUCCUCGCCGCCGCCGCCCUGGCCGGCCUGGCCGUCAUCAGCCGAGGUCUGCUGUCCCAGAGCCUGGAGUUCAGCUCUCCCGCCGACAACUACACAGUGUGCGAAGGCGACAAUGCCACCCUCAGCUGCUUCAUCGACGAGCACGUGACCCGCGUGGCCUGGCUGAACCGCUCCAACAUCCUGUACGCGGGCAACGACCGCUGGACCAGCGACCCGCGGGUGCGGCUGCUCAUCAACACGCCCGAGGAGUUCUCCAUCCUCAUCACCCAGGUGGGGCUGGGCGACGAGGGCCUCUACACCUGCUCCUUCCAGACCCGCCACCAGCCCUACACCACUCAGGUCUACCUCAUCGUGCACGUACCCGCCCGCAUUGUGAACAUCUCCUCGCCUGUGACCGUGAAUGAGGGGGGCAAUGUGAACUUGCUUUGCCUGGCUGUGGGGCGGCCGGAACCCACGGUUACCUGGAGGCAGCUCCGAGACGGCUUCAUCUCCGAGGGAGAGAUCCUUGAGAUUUCCGACAUCCAGCGGGGCCAGGCUGGGGAAUAUGAAUGCGUGACUCACAACGGGGUCAACUCUGCACCUGACAGCCGCCGCGUGCUGGUCACCGUCAACUAUCCUCCGACCAUCACGGACGUGACCAGCGCCCGCACGGCCCUGGGCCGGGCUGCCCUCCUGCGCUGCGAAGCCAUGGCGGUGCCCCCCGCGGACUUCCAGUGGUACAAGGAUGACAGACUGCUGAGCAGCGGCACGGCGGAAGGCCUGAAGGUGCAAACGGAGCGCACCCGCUCGAUGCUCCUCUUCGCCAACGUGAGCGCCCGGCAUUACGGCAACUACACGUGUCGCGCCGCCAACCGGCUAGGAGCGUCCAGCGCCUCCAUGCGGCUCCUGCGCCCCGGAUCGCUGGAGAACUCAGCCCCGAGGCCUCCGGGACCGCUGACCCUCCUCUCUGCCCUGGGCUGGCUGUGGUGGAGGAUGUAGGAAGAACCCAGUGCAGCUCGCCUCUCCCUUCGGGGGCCUGAGGCCGAGAGCAAGAGAAAAAAGGGGGAGCAAGCGGCGUGGGUCUCAAGGGGGCGAAGAGCUCAGCCACGGAGGAAGAAGAGAGGAGGAGGAAGAAAGAUCUUUAGAGAACCCAUCACUGUGAGGGAUAACGCAAAAUUAUGCAUCUUUCUACAGCCAUUCUCGCCACCGUUCACGUUUCUGAUUGUGACCCACCCCCGCCACUCCCACCCUUCUCUUAGCUCAGGCUGUCAACUGAAUCGCAUGUGUGUAGUGGGUGUGUGCGUGUGAGCCUG